CUGAAAUGUACGUCGCGUGUUUUCCUUUGUCAUACGGGAUAAGAAAUGAGAGGUGGAAGUGAUGCAACGUUUCUAUGCACCUGUGACCCACGCGCACAUCCACAUCCACGCAUCAACCUGAUAUAGUACAGAGUGGGACGCGCGAGCCAUUGGGUGGAGCAGCAGCGUCGCGUGCUGCGGAAUACAUUUCAGUAGGUCGUUAACGCUGCGCGCGGUUUGGUUGCAGAUGCAGGUCGCUGAGUGUGAGCGCGAGGCGGGGGGUAAUGGCGAACGGGCGCGGGCGGCGGUGCGCCUCGUGAGGAUACAGUAAAGACACCGGGAGCGGAGGGAGACUCGGAGGACGGCGGCGGCAACUUGAGGACAAGACAGCAGAGGAGACAAGGAGACACGAACAACCAUGGAGGACUCAGAGCCCGCAGAGGACGGCUUGCUCGCGGGCUUGCGGUGGAACAGGAGCGCACGAGACCAGGCUCAGCUCAAGCAUAAAAUCCGGGAUCUACCGGGGCUACUCAAGCACGGACUGCACCUGCGGAAGAAGAGCCAAUCACCUGACACUAUCCCUGGACCGAGCACCGGACCCACAGUACACAAGUCUUGCUCCCAGAGUUUUCCAUGUGCGGGACGGGCCGUAAGGAAUGCAUUCCUCUCUCAUGGACCGUACCCAGCUAAGGACAAGAUACACCUGGCAAGAAUCAUACGGCGAAGCUAUGUGGGCGUGGAGCUGGUGCAGUGGCUAUGUGAGCAGUGUGUGUAUGUACGCUGUCGGACUACUGCUGCGCGUGUCUGGCAGGUGCUGCUGGAGCUGGGAGUCCUGCUGUCUGUGGACCAGCGGGUGGUGUUUUCAGACUCCAACACUUACUACCAGUUCAGCUUCGAGGAGUGUGACUCCCCCUCCUGUGAGUUUCGUUCCAAUGAGGGGGAGUGGCCAGAGGCGGUUAGGCUCCUCCUACAACUUGCCCCGUAUGUCCAAUUCCGGUCUGGAGGCGGGACCAACAGCCCGUCGGAGGAGGACUCCGAAGGCAACAGAGACAUCUGCAGUGAGAUUCUUCAGAUGAAAGCUCUCGAGAGACUCACUUCCACGGUACAAAGUGAACUGGCAGCUGCUCUCGCCCGAAAGACUCGCAAAGCUUUAUCAGAGCAGGACUCUGACACGACAGAGGCAAGCCACCAGGAGCCUCGUACACCCACUGAGGAGAGCAGCCCGCUGGGCAGUGUGUGUGCAUUGCGAGACGGCUGUGGCAGUGGCAGCGGUGGCGGGAUGGGGUCCGUGUGUGGCCGAGAGGAGCUGACCAGCCGGCUGGGCCUGGAGGCAGUUCAGAGGUUGGCCAAGGACGGCUGCCGGCUGCUGCAGAACCACAACUACAAACUACCUGAAAGGAACCCAGCGGAGGAACUUGGAAGGGUUUGUCUGAAGGAGAGAGGACGGGACGUGUUGGUUUUGCAGCGAGUAACAUCAUCAGUGACGUCUCCUUCGGACCGGCCCUCACCAACUUCAUCAGGGGGUGGGUCCAGAGAGGAGGAUUGUGACAAGAGGUAUGUGGUGGUGUCAGGAACACCGCUCAAGAUCUUGGAGCACCUGCUUAGUGACCUUCGGCUUGACGACCAGAGAGGGGCGCCAGAGAACAGGGAGAGCGAAAUGCUGCUGGAUGACUUCCUCUUGACCUACCUGGUGUUUAUGACCACCCAUGACCUCUGUCAGGCCCUGCUGGGACACUAUAGCAGCGCCCGCUGCAGGGGCCAGGAAGAGGGCAAGGACGCCCUCUUCAGGAAGCGCAAGGUGCUGCAGCUGGUCUCCCACUGGAGCAGGUUGUACAAGGAUUUCCUCAAAGACGAGGAGCACGUCAGGAGCUUCAUGAAGACUUUGUACAGGUGUGUUUUAGAAGAUUUGUACGAGUUUCCCACACUGGAGAAAGACUUGAAAGAGUUCCAGAAGCUUCUGCGCCGUAGACACACAGUGGAUGACUGUCCUCCAAACCAAAAGAGUAAACAAAUGUAUCAACAGUUGAGUUUGAAGGAAAACAGUUUGCAGCUCCGAAGUCCACAGACUGAGACUAGAGAGGUUAUCUGUUGCGUGCAUGUGAGCUCCGAUUCCUACCUUAGUGUCCACACACACCCCUUGCUGGAGGCUCAUGAGCUGCUAAGGAUUGUGGGUCUAAAGAUUGAUCGAGCAGAGGACGACAUGGUGCUGGCAGUAGUAUCGCACACUGGAGAGCGGAGGGUGUUACAGCCCAGUGACUGUGUCUACUCUGAGUCUCUGACCCCACAGGGAAAGCUUGUGGCCUGUCGCAGGAAUCUCACUGAGAUCUUGCCUCCUUUAACAGACAGUGCUGAACUAAGCAGGAGGCCAGUGCGACUCUUAGGCAUCAACACCUGGGACGUGGCAGCUGCUCUCACACACCUGGACUGGAGCCUUUUCAAGUCCAUCCACGAGCAGGAGCUGGUGUACUACACCCUCAGCCGAGCCCCUGGUUCAGGACACACUGUGGCGCUGUCGGUCCUGCUUCAGCGAUGUAAUGAAGUCCAGCAGUGGGUCAUGUCCGAGGUACUCAUGUGUGUAUCGCUCAACAAGAGAGUCCAGCUGCUCAAGAAGUUCAUCAAAAUUGCUGCUCACUGUAAAGCCCAAAGAAAUUUGAACUCUGCGUUUGCCAUCAUCAUGGGUCUGAACACAGCUGCUGUGAGCCGACUCAACCAGACCUGGGAGAAAUGUCCUGGAAAAUUCAAGAAGCUUUUCUCAGAGUUGGAGCUCAUCACGGAUCCAUCUCUGAACCACAAAGCCUACAGAGAAGCCUUCAAGAGGAUGAAACCUCCCAAGAUCCCCUUCAUGCCUCUUCUUCUAAAAGAUAUCACCUUUAUCCAUGAAGGAAACAAGACCUUCCAUGACAACCUGGUCAACUUUGAGAAACUGCAUAUGAUUGCGGACACAGUAAGAAUGAUUCGCCACUGCCAAAGUGACCAACCAGGUAACGAGGUCAUCGGGGUCGACAGUGCAGAGGUGAGGGCGAGCGUUCAGUACCUGCACAUCAUCGACAAUCAGCAAACGCUUUUCGAGUUGUCACACAAACUGGAGCCACGAGCCUGAACGCACUGAAAACAAAAAAACAACGAAAAAAGAACAAAGACGCUGGGAAUCACCACAUUGGAAAUAUUAGCACUGAGUGCGUGUGCCACAAAGGACGCUUUGUGCAGCAGAAUGUCACACACACAUGCACAUACAUCGGAACAAAAUCCCUCUACCAGCAGCGAUGCCAAUAGAAAAUAAGGUCCCACGUCUGACAAAGUCCUUGAAGUCAUGAAGCUUCACUCUGUGACAGUUCAGCUGUGGUGUCUAAAGGCUUUACAACACUGACCAUGUGCUUCUAAAGGAGUCCUGAACAUUCUGUUAAAUGUCUACAGGAAGAGAAUCUGCAUAGCAAGACUAAGACGAACACUAGAAGAGGCUGUAAUUAGUUUGUACAGUAUCUAUUUGACUGAAUAUGCUAUAGUUUUUGUUUUUGUGAUGAGCUUUUGGUUAUUUAUGGGCCUGUUCUGCAGGUGAAACGUUUCAAUAUUUCUGUUACAGUGUUGUCACCGUUUGGAGGUCUAACAGAAAUAGUCUCUUCAUCAUUCCAGUUGCAAACCCAAACACCUGCAAAAAAAUGUGAGGUUUCUUAGCGAUUAUGGCCACAAUCUACGCAUUCAUACUUUCCUUCAGUCUAAUUAGAUAUACGUACGUGCCUCAUGAUGCAUCAUUAUUAUUUGUGUCAAAGCCGUACUCCAUGUUCAUGCUCACUUUAAUCUGUCCUCAUGUUUGCUCUGUCUUUUAGUCAAAGUUUACUGUUGCUCAGAGUGACAACAGUGAGCAGAUGUACGAAGUGUUAGGAGUGUUUUCAUUUUCUUCUCAUCUUUGACACACUGAAGCUCUUCUUAAUAUGCUAGAGUUAAAAAUCAUGUUUAUCAAUAGUGAACACUAAAGUCGUUUACAUCUUUUCUGUUUUCACUGAGAUCUUCUUUACCAGGUGACAUCCUUAUGAUCCCCUGUCACUAGACUAUAUUUACAUGUAAAUAGAUCAUUUUACAUUGUAUAUAAUACGGACCUAUAGACUUUACAGUGCCAAAUGUUACAGUUAGUCCUGCUGCACAGGUGUACUGUAUAGCUUUUUUUGUGGGGGGGUGGCUAUGCUAGCAGCAUGACUAUACAGAUUUCAGUGAUGGUCCUUUGCUUUCAUCACUCCUGAAAUUCUUCAACUUCCAAAAGUUGCCAAAAAAUUGUGAUACAUUUAUGUUCCAUAAGUGUAAUCAGUGCAGGAUGCGUUGAAAAGGAUAACCACAGUUGUAUAAUUUUUUCAAUUCACCUGACACUGUUUAUGAAAAAAUAUUGAAAUAUAUUUCAUGUUUGCCCAAAACCCAGCAAUGAUCUCACAAGGCUGCUAGCAUGGCUGUUCAGUUUUUGUUUUGUCAAAUCCUUUGAAUGAACCUUGAUAUGAUGUCUGGUUCUGCUCGUAGAGAUGUCAAAGCGCGGGUAUCGCUCAUUGAAAAACAGCCACAUCACAGAGUGUUUUAUUUUAAUAUAUCUAAUUUUUUUGUAGUUCAGGGUUCAUUUUGGAGUAGAGAAGUCAAAGUACUGCACCAGUGCAGCUCUGAUCAAAAAUGGCUUUAGUUGAAUCUGAGUCCUGUUCCUGAGGAGGUUGCAUCUGUUACAGAUGGAAAAGAUCACUGUUCACAAAUGAUCAAAUCACAAACAUUUCACUUUCUAUGGGUUUGGACAGAACAACAGAAGCACUGGUUCACAUCAAAUAACAGAAGACUGGGUAGACAUUCUGCUCUGACAUUUAGGUUCAGGAAGAAAAGAAGAACUCACAGGUAUCCAUGGUGAUCAGAAGACUGAUCUGUUCAGUUUCAGUCGUCUUGGAACAGGAAAUUGUCAUUUCUGAAACCAAUUCAUUUUCAGAAUGAUGACCUGAACAGUGUGUUGUUUAAAUCUUUUUCUAACGGUCUAAUAUCUUUUGACUAGUGAAAGGAAAUAGGGAGGAAAUAAAAGCUCAUCGAUGGUGACGUAUACAGAUAGGGAUAAGAAACAGCCUUCACUAUGAACAGUCUGUAUGUAGAUCACACUGAUGGUGUUUUUCUUCUUACUUUUCUGUUCAUGUGCAGUCAAACACUUCUGCAGUAUAUGUCUGCUGAGUAGCAGGAGCUAUCCAAAGGUCAAAGUCCAAAAUAUUAGAGAUGCAGUUCUGACAUAGUUUAUAUACUUAGGAAGCAUAGGAGGGAAAGUGCAAUACAAUAGAGAUGAGGUUUUUGCCACAAGUGUUUGUCAUCAGCAUCAUUUCAACACUAAGACUUCAAAGCAAACAGCUGCUCCUCUUCAGAUCACAAAGAAUCUAAUGGGCACAAAGAAACCUGUAUCAUUCAAAACCUUUUUCGUGCCAAACCUGUUUUCAGUUUGAUUUACGACAAAAAGCUGAGACGAUCCAAGCCAAGUGAUGACUGAUUUUUCAACAGUGUUAUGAACCGUUUCUUCUCACCUGUGCAUUAAAAACACUGGUCAUCAUCAUGUCAAAUCCUCACAUUGAACAUGUAUCCACACGUUAUCCAUUUUAUUCAAUUACAAUCUUGACUGUACCACUUCUGUACUCCACGAAGAAGAUGCUGAGAUUACAUGAGAUAUUUUGCAUCUCAGGAGUUAAUUAUGUUCACAAAAAGGAGGGAGAGUCAAAAAGUUCUCACUGGGGAUGAAACUUGGAUCUACCAGUUUGACCUAGAGAACAAAAUUCCAUCAAAACAGUAAAAUCCAAAAGGAGCAGCCGAACCUAUGAAUGCAAGGUAGAGACGUCUGUUCAAUUAAUAAAUAAAACUUUUUAUUGCUUUAGUCGGAGAACUUUUUGACUUUCCCUCAUAUCAGAUACAUCAACCUGAAUAAUGAAAAUGACCAACGUGACUUCAGAAAGUGAAUUUCCUCUGUAGACCAAGUUAGUGAUUCUACCAAUGCUAGAUCUAAGCAAAGUGAGCUGUGGUAUAUUCAUGUUGUCUGUUAACGCUGUGUGGUGUUCAUUUGGACUACUGACUUGUACAUGAUGACACAUGCACAACAAACACCUUUUGCUCACAAAGCAGAGUAUUUGUGUUACUGGUUAUUUAUUGUAAUAUAUUGAUUAUUUAAAUAUUUCUGAGGUUGCAAAUUGUCUAAUGUGCCAUGUCCAACAUUGUGCAUUCUUCAGAAGAAAAGAUGUUUGUGGUUUGGAGCUGCAAAUGCUGAAACCUCAGAGUGUUUGUUCUGUUUGGUGUCCCCUUGAGGGCAGCAGAAGAGCAGGUCAUCAUGACCGUUCACUUUACUGUGACAGAGGAAACCACCUGGAGGGAGGAUUUAGUGUUCAGUCAUCGUCAUGACUGUGGACAGAUAGGUUUUUUUUUUCUAAAGAAAUGUUGUUUUAAACCUGUUUGCAUGAUUAAAAAACACACAAAGUUCACAAUGCAAGACACAUUGAAGGCUUUGUACGACUGUAAUAUUGUUGAUGUGUAAAUAUAUGCCUAGGUUUGUUAUGUUAUUAUUUAUCUGUUGUAAAUGAAAAAAAGUCAAACACAAAGCAAUAUGUCUCCCCUUGUGUCCCCUCAGCCUUCAGAACAGCUGAAGCCACAUGUCUUUUCUAAAGCAGCGUUUUACUAUGUCAAGAUUUUACUGAAAAAGAAUAAAUUAUAGGUUUUAUGUGACAUCA